GGACGGAGUACUCCUAUAUAGAGUAUGUCGUUGGGCGUCUAGGGAGGUAGCAAGGCGGAUAUAGACUACUGAGUAGCUGAUCUUUUGCGAUUUUCGUGUUCAGAAGGCCGGAGGCACAUGUGAAGGUCUCGAACAGUUUAUAUGUGCCCGGCGCUGACAAGUGACUCUCUCAUCUUUGGUUCCAGGUCACAAGGCAUCAGAAGGUCAGCUGGAAGUCACCAGCACAAGCCCAACUCAGCGACAAUCAGGAGGGACGGACAUCCCAGCCCACAAUGAGCAGCUUUCAAAACAUCGAGAGGCCAUCCUUCGUGUGGCACUGGCGGAGCUGGGAGGAUUUCAAAGCCGCCUCGUUGUUCACGCUGGGCAACUAUGCCAAUGUCAUUCUCCUGGCUGUCUUCCUUAUCUUGGCCAUAAACCAAGUGAGAGUCAAGAAUAAAGCCGCGAAGAAGAUCGGUUUCGAGAAUCGCUAUCUCAAAGCCCCCGAGUUCCCUCCCGUGGAGGAGCAACCAGACUUUGACUGGGAAAACACGGAACCUCUCCGUUUCCGACCCUUCAAGUCCAAGUACCAUUUGACUAUGGCCGAAUCUGACGAAUCAGCACUUGAGAACCUCCCACCUUCGGAGUUACUAGUGAUGGACAGGAACUACGCAGACCGCGUUGCCUAUCGCCGGAAAGUGAUGGCCGAGCACGGUGAGCACGUUGUUGCCGUGAAUGACGAUUACCGCAUUCGCCCCGCUGUCGUCGAGCUCUACCAAUUCCUUCUCGGCACCUACCUGCCCCUGCGCUUCCCUCAGAUGUUUAAACUACACGAGACCGAUUACGAGGAGGGCAAGACGUUUAUGCUGGAGAAUCUGGUGACCAAGGCUCUAUUUCCCGCGAAACCCUCGCCUCGGACGUCGACGAAAAUGUUGUUGGAGACCCUGGGCCGAACCCUGGACGAAGACUUCCUCUUCCUCUUUCCCGAAGAAGGGGACCCAAGUACCGACAAGAAAGAAACGAACGACGAGAGCCCGGAAGGCGAUGCAAAGUAUAUCCUCGAGGCCUACGUCUGCUGCUGCCCCAGCGGUUUCGACCCCGCCGAGAAACUCGGGCAUCGACUCGCCAAAAUCCACGGCCCUGUGCCUGGCUACCCUCAAAAACUAGAGGCAUCGAUGGACCGAUUCUUCUCCCGGCUCGAAGUGGGCAAAUACGUCCGCCGCGUAAACUGGGCCAUCACCACGAACACGGACCUGUAUGCGGCCGGGCCCGGAACUAACCACGCCCACGAAGGGGACGAGGUUGAGGAACUCGAGGACGUUGACGUGGACAAGACGUUCUUGAGAUGCGAGAGGCAGACGCUCCACAGGUUACCAAAGAGUAAGGCGCUGGUGUUCGCCUUCAAGACAUAUCUGUAUCCGAUUGCCGAGGUGAAGGAGGAGGGAAAGGGAGAGGAACUCGCACAGGCGAUCGAUGGGUUGAAGGAGGGGAGUGUGCCCGCAAUGCACUUUUACAAGAGAGGCGUCGUGUGGGGGGAGGCAGUCAAGAGGUAUCUCAGAAGCUGAUCCCAAGAGGAGAGAGAUAACAGAGGUUGAAAUGGGCGUACAGUACCCUGGUAUAUAUGGCGAUUGGAUCUUACGAUGUUCAUGUCAAUACGUGAUUGAUGGAUCGAUCGAACGAAUGAAUGCUUGAUUGAAUGAGCUUGUAUCUCUACCUCUUUGGAAGAAACCGCCUUUCUUCUUCGAAAGCUUGCAACGAGGCAAGAACACUACUGGAAAUAGGGUUCGUAAGACUGGAAUUCUUCCUGAG